GCUGAGAAGCAAUGCGCUGCAUGUGCAAGUGGUUGGACUGGCUCUCAAAUUGAUAGAAUACCACGCCCAUUCCCCGAUGAAACUACAUUUAGGUACAAAACUGUUUUUGAAUCUCCUGCUACAUCUUCAGACGGGAAGCUGCGUCCUAUUGAUGAUUAUAUGCCCAGAGCACAAAUAAAAAAAUUCUUUAGUGCAGGAAAAUUGAAUACAGCGCAAGAAGUUGCUGAUUUUUCAUCCAAAUUUGUGGUAUCUGAGGAACUUGUAAAAAAAUAUGUGGACCAUCUAAAGCACAUCAACUUUACCAAAGAGUUGCGAACUAAAGCAAAAGCAGAUAACCGACGGAACCGUGAAGCAAAAUGCUACAAGGACUACAACUGGGAUGAACUUCUGCUAACUGGAGGGCUGAAGUUUCUCUAUGUUUUUGAACUUGAUACGUACUUAAAACACCACUCUCUUCCCUGGAAGAAAAAGUUGAAAACUGAGAAAAUUCGCACAAUUACUAACCACCUCCAACAAACAAGAGGACAAGUAUUGCAGACAAUGACAGUGGAAGGCCAGCGUCUUUUACAACCUGGCCAAAACGUAUCCGAUGAUGAAGAAGAAACUGAUGGAGAUGACAUCGAUAUUGUAGGAGAAACGUGGAGUAGUGACGAUGAACGAUUGUGUAGCAGUGAUGGUAUGGUUGAUAGCGAAACCGAAAAAAGCGACUACGAACCAGUUCCACCAUCCGCUAAGAGACGAAUGGUCAGCACCAGAAGUGGACGGAAGGCAUCUAGCUUUGUGUUGGGAAAUGAAUAG